AAAGCAUACACUAGUAUCUCUUCUUCAUCCUUCUAUCAUUUCCCCCAAUUCAUUCUCACUCUUCACACCUACUGCCCACCCCACAGGGGCCCACACUAAUCUCUCUCCCUCCUCUCUCUGCAUCUCUCUCUCAAUUCACAGCAAUGCCAGCUUCCACAUCAGAGACGAGGAACAGAUGGAAGAAGCGCAAGCGAGACUCGCUAGUCUCGCGAAAAUCGAAUUCGCAACCCGAAGACGAGCCCGAGGAGGAAGAAGACGAAGAAAUCGACCCCGAAUUGGACGAGAACCACCCGAACCCAAACCCUAACAGUCAAUUGAGUCGAAAACCAGUUGCUCUGGUGCCACCUGAGGUGUUAUCGGAGUCUGCGAUUCGAGUAUCGGAGUUUCCGCCUGUGGUGAGGCACAAGGUGCAGAGGCCUCACGCGUCGGUGGUGGCAAUUUUGGGGUUGGAGAGAGGGAAUGAGAGCUGUAGGCAGAAUUGCGUAAGUUUGGAGAAUGUUUCGUAUGGGCAGUUGCAGGCUUUGUCGGCGAUGACUAAGGAGAGUUUGGUUGAUUCGGAGAAAGGGGAGGGAUCUGUUGUGAUUACGCCUCCCAAGAUUAUGGAGGGGAGAGGGGUUGUUAAACGGUUCGGGCUUGGGAGGGUUCUUGUGGUGCCUAUGCACGCAGACUGGUUUUCCCCUAGUACGGUGCACAGAUUAGAGCGACAGGUUGUGCCACAAUAUUUCUCUGGGAAGUCAGUGGACCGGACACCUGAAAAGUAUAUGGAAUGCCGAAACUAUAUUGUUGCCAAGUACAUGGAAUACCCAGAUAGGAGAUUGUCGGUGUCUGAUUGUGAUGGGUUGGUAGCUGGUGCUGACAGUGAUGACAUGGCUCGAAUUUACCGCUUUCUUGAUCACUGGGGUAUAAUUAAUUACUGUGUUCCUGCUCUGAAUCGUGAAACACAGAAUGAUACCCUUUGCCUUAAUGAGGAAACAAAUGGGGAACUUCGUGUGCCAUUGAAUCAUCUAAAAUCCAUUGAUAGCUUAAUCCAAUUUGAUAAGCCCAGAUGUCAACUGCGUGCAGCAGAUGUGAAUUCAGAACUAGGAAGUCAUGUUCAUGGCGACUCCGACUUGGAUGACAAAAUACGAGAACGAUUAUCAGAAAAUAGGUGCAGUUGCUGUUCUCGGCCUCUUCCAAUCAUUUAUUAUCAAUCACAGAAAGAGGUUGAUGUACUAUUGUGCAUGGAGUGCUUCCAUGAAGGAAGAUUUGUGGCUGGUCACUCAAGCCUGGAUUUUACUAGGUUUGAUUCUGGUAACGAUUAUGGAGAUCCUGAUGGAGUGAAUUGGUCUGAUCAGGAAACCCUACUGCUUCUUGAGGCAAUGGAAAUUUAUGGUGAAAACUGGAAUGAAAUUGCAGAGCAUGUUAAAACAAAGUCAAAAGCACAAUGCAUCCUUCACUUUCUGCGCAUGCCCAUGGAUGAUUCCUCAAUGGAAAACGUUGAAGUACCGCAGAAUCCAAGUUCUGUGAAAUUGCCGAAUGAUGAGGGUGACAGACCACAUCUGAACUCAAAUGGCCACCCUGCAGGAUCUAGUGUACAAGUCCCUAAUGCUGAGAGCCGAGUUCCCUUUGCAAACUAUGCAAAUCCUGUAAUGGCCCUGGUUGCCUUUCUAGCCUCUGCAGUCGGACCAAGAGUUGCUGCAGCCUGCGCUCAUGCCUCCUUGGCAGAACUUUCAAAAGAUGAAGAGACUUCUGCUUCUGGUCAUAGUAAUAUCACAAACUCAAGUCAACUAAAAGAGGGUAUUCUGUUAUCUGAUGCAAAACUCAGAGCUGCUUCCAAAGCAGGUCUAUCUGCUGCAGCAACAAAGGCAAAGCUAUUCGCCGAUCACGAAGAGCGCGAAAUUCAAAGGCUUUCUGCUAAUAUCAUAAAUCAUCAGUUAAAAAGGUUGGAACUCAAGCUAAAGCAAUUUACAGAAGUGGAGACCAUGCUAAUGAAAGAAUGUGAACAAGUGGAGAGAGUAAAGCAGAGAAUUGCUGCUGAAAGGGCUGCUUUUAUCUCAACACAUUUUGGAUCAGGAGGUGGUGUGUCUCGACCUACAAGUCUAUCAGCAAUUAGUCCUGCCAUGAUUCAGAAUAAUGCUGGAAAUACGAGGCAACAAAUCGUCUCAGACGGGCCUUCACAGCCAUAUAUGGGUUAUACCAAUAGUCGACCUGUCCAUCCUCAUGUAUCACCCAUGUCGCAGCAGCAGACAUAUGGACUUGGCCCCAGGAUGCCCCUCUCAGCCAUAAAUCCGUCUUCGGCUUCUCCUAAUAGCACAACUCGCCCAAUGUCAAGACCUGUAUCAGGGGCUAGAUCUGGUUUAGAUUAAGACAAGUGAUUGAAUAGUAUGGGAUUGGGAAGUCCAACUUGAUAUAAGCAGGCCGCAUGUCUGCCCCAAGACAACGAGAAACUGAAUGGCGUGGUUCACAGUAUGCAGCAAUAGCAGCUGGUCUUGUUAGAGUCCCCAGGCGCAAACAUUUGUUAAAAGCAAGGUUCAGUUGGUCAUUAGUCAAUUUAUUUUCCAAUUGAACUUAUCUGUAGUUGUAUUUAUAGUUCCCGAGUAGUUUAACAUUAUAAUUUGAAAUUCUGUGUCAUUCUGUAUAGGAAACAAGCUAGUUUUAAAUGGCCGUGGAAUAGUCUUUACUUUCCCCCCUCUGAGAUUUAGGAAAAGUUAUAUUAUGGGAGUAUUACAUGUUAGUUAUUAGUUCAUGUGCAAGUGAUAAAAUUGUCUUGAAUAUCUAGAAAAUAGGUGUUCACAUUUGUUGAAUAUUUUAUCAUCGAUACAUGUUUAAGUAGAUUUAGAUGAUAGUUUUUAGUUUUGUUGAAUUGAUAAAACUGAAUAAAGAAGACUUGUGUUGAGAUGGUUUA